AUGUCGGCCUACGCCGACCCGGUCUCCACGCCAGGCACCCCGUACUCCACGUUCCCGUCACUGGCGACCGGGAACGGCGGUGCCGGUGCCGGUACAGGUGGCGGUGGCGGUGGCGGUGGCGGUGCCGGUGCCGGUGGUGGCGGCGCUGGGGCUGGUGCUGGUGCUGGUGCAGGUGGGGGCGGCGGCGGCGGCGGCGGAACGUGGUGCGUGGCCAGCCCGAGCGCGAGCCCGACCGCGCUGCAGGUCGCGCUGGACUACGCCUGCGGCAAUGGCGCGGACUGCUCCGCGAUCCAGCAGGGCGGGAGCUGCUUCAACCCCGACACCGUCCACGACCACGCGUCCUACGCCUUCAACAGCUACUACCAGAAGAACCCCGCCCCCACCAGCUGUGACUUCGGCGGCACAGCCACCAUCACCAACACUGAUCCCAGUUCAGGGUCGUGCCAGUACCCAUCAUCAAGCGGCGGCGGUCAGAACAUGAUGCCGCCGCCAUCACCGACGACCAUGCCGCCGACAGCCCCCACCUCCCCGAUGACCCCGACAACGCCGGACACUACCACCCCGACCACCGGCACCCCGGUGUACGGAUUGUCCCCACCCGACUACGGCUCAAUGCCCCCUCCCGGUCCCGGCUACGGAUCAACGUCUCCCCCGGACUACAACGACGUCGGCGCCGCCGCGACGGUGGGGCAGGGCAGUGCGGCGGCGCUGGCGCUUCUGUGCGUCCUCAUCGCGACAGUAUCGCUGCACGUCUCCAAAUGA